GAGACAGAGUGGGAGGGAGGAGGAGAGGGGCCCCAUGUAGGAGAGAGGGCUACAGGGUGAGGAAGCAGAAGGAGUAAGAAAAAGUUAGCAGAAGUACAUGUCGGAGAAAGGGAGUCCUAGGGAAGAAGAAAAGAACGGGCAAGGAGAUUAACAACUACAGGAGAGAAGAAGAAGUGAAACAACGGACAGGAAGGAAGGGGAGGGAGAAGUCGUGGGCAGAGGAGAAAAAAGAGCUGAAGAAAAGUUUUCUUGUGGGAAGACGCAGAUGAGGAAAACAGAGCGAGUGAAUGACUGGGCUGGAGAGAGCAGGGAGGGGAGGAAACCAGUUGUUUUCUAAGGCGUUUUCCCCACAAGCCUCUGGACUUCUUUGGACAUGUACACAGAAGGCGCACAAACAACGGGACACCACCGAUUCCUUCAGCACAACAAUACCCCCAUCCCCUACCCCUGCCAGCAUUGCGUCCACUAUGAGCAGACGUACAGUCAUCACGGUGGGCCGGGAUACCAAUCAGCAUCAGCCAGACAGACAGACCACCCAUCGCUGGACUGCAGGGGAGACAUCCAGGCUCCUCGGGUUAAAGACGUAGGAGGGAGAGCUUUCGGAGUGGACAGAGUUGAGAGAAGCGGUCAUCGCAGCCCACAGAGGAGGCCUGUGUUUGCAGGGCCCGGUCCUUACAGCCAGUCGGAUGACUUGAGCCAAGUUUGCCCCUGGGAGUUGAACCCUGCCCAGUGGAACUACCCACUGGAGCCUGGGGUGAGACACUACCCGUCUGUCAGAGAACAGUGUGGCUGUGUGGUGCGCAACAACACCAGGGCACACCCCUUUAACACUGUAAUACCGCAUCCACUCCCUCAUCUUCAGGCCAAAAGUCAGGGGUAUGCGCACCAGAGGACUGUCAGGUACGUAUCUGUGGACAAGGAAGAGCAAGGCUAUGAAUGCACCUCUGAGAACUGUCAUUUGGAGCUGCACGCUCCCCAGUCAGGUCAUUUGUACAUGCCAAAUGUACCAAAUGGCCACUGUGGACCAAAGUCUGUGUUCUUUGAGGGAGGGGAGGAAAGAGAUAUCCAUCAGGACCAGAGCAGACUGAAGGGUGGAUCAGAGGAGGGAUGUAAUGGACGCAGUGGUUCUCACAAAGGUUUUUUUCCCACUGAAGUCCCACAAAAACACUUGAACCAAAGCAGACGGAAGGGGCCCUAUGGUGCUCCCUCUGACAUCAUCAGUCCAGAAGCCUCAAAAUCGAACGACCAUCAGCGCCAGUGUUCGGAAGUGGUGAAGCAGAAGAGGAGGCAGGAUUUGGUGAGGGAUCAAAUACGACAAGUGGUGACAAACCUGGAAGACGUGUUGGGGGGUUUAAAGCAAGUUCACGUGGAGAUGAAAGAGGUCGUCGACCAGAUUGAUCGUCUCACAGCCAAUAUCGACCUCAAUGAGGAGGCGCUCAGCAUCACUCAUGGGUCAUCCAAUAAUUUUCACGGCUCAGCUCAUCCAGGUGACCUCAGAGUUGCCCCGCUGUCCAAUCACAAACCUGCACCAGUGCAGGUGUCGCAGCACUUCGAUGAAGACUGCAUCAUCCUAAGAACUAACUCUCCAUCCCCUGUGCACAUGGCAUCGGUUGUCAAAACUAGCUGCUUCACCCCACCCAGCCACAGUAAGGAAAUCAACCAUGAAAAGCCAGGUGUAAACGGCCACCAGCCUCACCUGUACUCCCACAGAGACUCCAACCAUAUCGGCCAUCCAGAGCCUCAUCCGCAGAGCUUAGACCCUAAGGUCAUCAUUGGGAACAGCACCUCCAGUUCAAGGACUCAGAAGCCUCCACCGUACCCUCAAAAUGGGCGGUGUGGGAAGGGCUCAUACCCACCUCCCAAGCCUGUGAGGACCCCUGCGUACCCAGGUAGAGGCCGCCAGAGCACCAGCAUGGUGUGAAGGAGGGGGUGGUCUGCCCCAGUGCCAUGGGGGCCUGAAACAUGAGACCCUGCUGCAGUGAGUGGAGGUCAGAGUGGGACCAGGCAGGGGAACAACUCAUGCAGGAGCUGAUGCCACUGAGACAAGCUGUCAGCCGGUGGAAACAGAGCACGGCCUGAAGGUGGGGAUAUUUCCAAGGGAAAACUCCCCCCAAGAGUCGACCCGCAACUGUAUGUCAUGCAAGCAAAGAAGCGUGGAGGGAGGAUCUGAAGAGUUGCAGUCAAACCUCAACGAGUAUUUCUGCUUUUCUGGUGAUGCAGUGGCAAAUAAUGAGACUGUGAACUGCUAGUAAACACCCACAAAUAUAACAUUAGUUAUCUUUCCAUGACAGUAUUAAUUUAUUGUUACUAUUUUAGUUUUUUACCGCAAAAAUAUAAAUAUAUAUUUUCAGGCAGCUUACACCAGUCUGGAUACUACCUAACCUAAUGUAUGCUAUACUGAGAUUUCUAUCAUUCAAACUAUUGUACAGAUAUUUUGCAAAUAAAGAGUUUAGACUGUCUUUUACUCUGCUACAUGGAUGUUUUAGUAUGUAAGAAGAAAAGCCAGCAGGGAGGUAGGAAAGUUGGAAAAGCAGGGUGAGGAUUAAAUUGCAAUACAAUGGAUUCUUCUGCACUUUCCUCAUACAAAUCAACCUGACAUCUCAAUUAUGUAGC